GAAUCCAUUUCUCGAGAGGCUUUUACUUGACAGUUCAAUUGAAAAUAUAACCCCCUUUGUCCUUUUGGCCUCCUACGCCUGUUACUUUAAUAUUUAAGCAAUUACAGUUUACGAUCGCAUAUCGAUUGUUAAAUAUAUUAGUUAUUCGGUAGAUUCGGUUACUCUUGCUCUUUAAGCCGAUGGGCAAACCAAAAGACGUAAGCACGGAAGAAGAAAUCAAUUUAGAUACGAGCGAUGCUCCGCCACAAAAGAAACACAAAAAGCAUAAGCAUAAAAAGCACAAGAAAAAGAAGCUCAUGCAGGAUGACAGUGAUAACUUUGCUGACAUCUCGGUUGAUGUCGAUAGAAAAAAGAGCUUCAGAAUAAAAGUAAAGAAAGAAGAUGAGAGAAGUAACAUGGACAAACGAGAAAAAUUAUUAAAGACGUGCAGCUUGAGUACACCUACAACAAGUACUGCACCUUCUCCAAAAGCAAUCACAAAGAAGAAAAUCCCUAAAAGUAACAAAGGUAAAGACAGCGGCACCAGCAGCGAAGAAGAAAGAUGGUUGGAUGCUAUUGAAUCUGGUAAACUUGAAGAGGUUGAUGAUGAAUUAAAAAAGAUUAAGCCAAAAGAUCCCAAACUGAUGACAGCUCGACAGAGGGCAAUGUUUGAGAGAAAGACUGAUACAGAACCGAAUCAAAGUGUGGAGCAAUUGAUGUCAUUACCUACUGGUUACAAGGAAAAAGUUAUGACUGCAGAAGCUAUACAAAAGGCUGCUCUAAAGUCUCUAAAACGGAAACAAUUAGCUGAUGAGAAAAGGGAAAAGGACAAGAAAAAGACAAUGGAAAGAUUACUUAAGAAACAAGAAUCCAAAGCAUCCAAAGUAAUUAGCAAAGGAAGACUGUCCAGGCGGCAAGUGCCGUUAGUGACUUAUCGUUUAACAGUUGAAGGAAGUUCUAUAUCUCUGCCACCAGGUGAAGAUUUUCCACUUCGUCCUGCUAAGGGAAAAAGUCUAUCAAAGCAAGUUCUUUGCGGUGUUAAUCAAUGUAGAAAGCCGAAGAAAUAUACUUGCUCAAAAACCGGCGUACCAUUAUGCAGCUUAGAAUGUUACAAAACCAAUCUUAUUCUAGCCAAUUAAAUAAUGUACAAAAAUAAUAUAGAAUUGUUUGUCAGUAUAAUUUUAUAUUACAAAUAUGAUUAUAAAUUAUAUUAGAAAGAGGGAGAGAGAUAGA